AUGAGGUGGCGGUGGCUCCAAUUGCAUGCCGCGUCCCCAGCCGUUCUCUUUGCAUCGCGGGUGCGCGCAGAUUCCGACGAUGACUUUGCAAACAACUUGUUCUCGGACCUGGGGCCGGUGCUGGCGCUGUUCGGUGAAAAGGUCACGAUGCAGUUCAUGAGCGAAGCGAUGGGCAGGGCGGACAGCAUCAUCCUGGCCAUGGCGCCGAUAGGAAUCCUCACCAUCGUCGUCUCUGCCAUCAGACUCGCCGGGCCGUUGUGGCUCAAGGCGGUAAUUGGAAGAGCUAGAGAGAGCGUCUCGGCCGCCGAGAUGGAGCUGAUGUCCUCGGCGUCCGAGGAGGUUUGCGAGCUAUACAACGGCCAGAGCAUCGUGAGGUGCCAAGGGAAGCCCAAGAUAUGGGAGUUCAUGUUUCUUUUCAAGAAGCGUGCCGCGGGCGAGCGACCCAACGAGCCUCCGGAUGUCGAGUUCAAGACGCUCGAGCAGGCCCGGGGACGGGAUAUUGUCGACGGCACAGGUAGAUUGACAACUGCACCGUUUCAACCUGGCGCGCGAAGCAGAAAGGCUGACGUGCAGGCAGACAUGACGGGCUGGAGAAGCUUCUGGCGGAAGAUUUUGUUCCCCUGUCGGCGGAGAAAGGAACCUGUCCACCAGGACUGGAAGGGACGCGAUUCAGAGACGGCAUGCUGCGCCGACUCGUCGGAUGACGCAGUUACGCCGCCUCAAUGGGACGUCAAGGUCAUUAGAGACAUCACCACUUCCGCACCAAACAUAACCCUGAACGGGCACGAUCAAAUCAGCCGACUUCAAGUCCAUGGAGCCGCUGUUUUUGCCACGCUGCUCCAGGCAGGCUUGGUCAUCUUUUUCGGCAUCACAACGUACCAUCCCGACUUCAAACAGCGAUACCUCAAGGAGCAGAAGCCCGUGGAGGCCUCGGCGUUUCCCCUGGUUGCCAGCGGAACGGCACUGCUCGUCCUGGGCUUGUUCAUCUGCGGCCACGUGAAUGAAGCCAGUACAGAGGAGUAUCGGUACAGGCCGUGGGACGAAGACGAGAUGGCGCAGAUCAUGUGGAUUCAGCGCGGGCAGACGGUCGGGGACCAAGUCUUCAAGCCGUAUGCGACGCUGCCAAGGUCGAAGCGCACCAUCAUCACCACCUCGCGGAGAAAGCUGGGACAGUCCCCAACGGAGACGUCAGCCGCGAGUCACGACGACACCGAAGCUCCCUGUGACGAUGGGACGGCUCGGUCGGGCAGCUACGAGGCAAUCAGUAGCCAUGGUCACGCGGAAAACGUGGCGUCGACCUCGGACGAAAGCAGGCAAUCGAGCGUAAGCCAGAGGAUGGACAGAGUGAGAAGCUGGAUCGAUGGACACACGGACGAGGUGGAAACGGUCACCGGCGCCGGCGUGAGCGUGCUGGGCUUCGUUGUGCAGUUCGUCGGGCUCAGAAAGAUGAACUGGACGGCAUCCGUGGCACAGCUAGGUGCGGUGCUCAUCAUGGUUGGCGUCAGGGCGUGGAUCCGGCGAGGCAUGUCGCACCCUUUGGCCCAUCGAGAACUGGCGCCGGAUACCGAGCUGGAGUGGCUGGCUCUGGUCCUGAGCGGCAUCAACAACGACGCCGACGCGUGUUUCGACUUGCUGAAACCAAAGACUAGCUGGAGACGGACGGAGGCGCACGGGGAAAUGCACGCAAUGUCUUGGACCAUUGAUACGGACAUGGAUAAGAGUUUCCGUCCACUGGUUGCCACCGACGACCAAGCCGUCGUCGAGGGAGGCUCGUGGGCCAAGUCCGUCUUGAAGAUACAUCAGGGGCUUGGCAGGCUCGCGAACCACCGCGGUCAGUAUGUCGACCUGGCCAUCCGCCUUGCGAAUUGCAUGGAGGCGGCCAUGAAUCUCUUCCUCGCGUGUCAGUUCAAAGCCCAGGCAGACUUGACGUGGUACGUCCGGGCACAAGGUCGUUUCGGAGAAGCGCCCCAAUGGAUUCCGUUUCACCUGAAGCGUGCGGGUGGCUCGAGUCAAUGGAGGGUCGCCGCUGAUGAGCUGGCGUCAGCCUUGUCCCUUUGGAUCUACUCCAGCCGGGGAUGUGCUCGGAACAACGGGACGCUGGAUGCGAGAAACGACUUCAGCCAUCUGAACAAGAGCGACGACUCCUGGCUCCGGGACACGGCCCCAGAAUCAGCCUUGGGGCUCCGAGCAUUCGGGCGGGGAAAUGCCAUUCCCAAGAAGCAGCUGAUUCAAGACUUGAUGUGGUGGGUUCCUGAUGAUCUAGGUGAGAUAUUCGAGAUCCGAGAGGUGGCCGUGGCGACAGGCGGCCGUGAAGAGCAAACAUCGACGCUGCGAGUAGAGAGCAGCCAGGUGGUUCACUCUGCCGGAAUUCGCGCCCAAGGCGGUGCCGGAUGCCAUUGCUGCGAACGCUUCCGGGAAUUUCAGCAUGACGAAGUGAAUCUGGAAGAACAAAGGUGGCGGACGCAGGCGAUGCUGGCAGAAACGCCUGAAGAAGCCGAAUCUGAAUCUGAUGCUCCUUGGGCCAGGUUCCACGACGCCCGGCACAACCAGGCAGAAGACGCAGCAGGCGACGGCCCGACGGUGCUGGCCAUCGAGACGCACGACGAGAUGGGCGUCUUGUACGCAAAGGCAUUGCUUUGCUUGUUUCUACGGUCCGUCGCCAAGACGUUGACCUCGUCCUCGGUAGGGACGGCAGAGGCUCGCACGGUCUCAUCCAGCAGGCCCGGCAUGCAGAGCCCCUUGGUGCUUCGGCACGAGGGCAUAGCUGAGCUGGCGAGCGAGAUCCAGCAGAACGGCCUGGGAUUGUCCCUCGAAGCCCACGUCAGCAUCGUGUGGCCUCUCAGCCUCGAGGAAAAGCUGCCGUUUCCCGAUCCCGUGUUUGACUUGGCACUCGCCAGGUCCAACGAGCUGUGGAGGACCAAGGGUCUGCAAGCGGCAAGGCUGCCAUACCUAUGGCUGUGGCAGCAGUGCCGGCACUUCUGUGAGAGCGAGCGAUCCAUCUAUGCCCGCGCUGUGGCCUGUCUGAUGGAGCACCUCAAGGACAGCCACGACGAGAGGGAGAUAUCCAUCCUGACCAAGGAACAGAAGAGAAGCGUCGGAGAAGCGCACGGAGUGCUCACGAGCCUUUUGGAGGCGGAAAGCAAACGCCACGAGGUCGUGUCCCAGUUAUCGCUGCUCUACGGAGACGGACGACACCCGUGGCCUCAAAGUCUGGAACGCAUUGCUCCCGCCGUCUCUGGCGAAACGGCCCCGGGACUCGUCUGGACAAAACCGCUGUGCUUUACUCCGGUCCAUCGCAAGGCAAUCGACCACCCCAAGAUUUGGAACUACGCUCUUGAAAUUGCCGGGUACAUCUUCCACAUCACAGACGCGACGGCGUGGACGCCGCUUCACUACAUGGUUCUCGGCGGGGGGCCCGGCGGCGACAUCGACGAGUAUCAGGACGAGGAAAACAUGUCAUGGAUCCACCAAACGGACUUACGAGGCUGGAAGAUCCUGCACUAUGCGUGCUGGUGCGGGACGUACAGCGCCGUGGCCUACCUGGUCAAGGCCGGCGCCAGCAUUGCGAGACGGGGAAUCGACGGCGCGUCUCCGUUUCACUGCGCCGCGAGGAACGAAGAGGCCGAGGUCCUACAGUUUCUCUUGGACUCGCAGAACCGCAACGACGAGGCCGACGGACCGUCCGAGCCCGGCCUGAGCCACGUCCCAACGCCGAGGCACAGCAAGGGUCGGCCGCAGUCUCUGCCGGACCACGAAGGGCGGGCGCCCAUCCACUGGGCCGUCCUGGCAGACAAGCAAGACGCAGUCGAGAAGCUGCUAGACGACAAGGAAGCGCGGGAUAACAAGGGAAGAAGGCCACUUCACACGGCGGCCCUCUGCCGCAGGCUGGGCAUCACGAAGACGCUCGUGGGCGCCUGUGCCGACAUCGAGGCCCUCGACGACCUUGGCCGGACCCCAUUGCACUCGGCCGCCGUGGGCGGAGAGGCAGAGCUGGUCAAGUUUCUCCUGGAAGCCGGGGCCAACACCGACGCCACAGACGCGAGCAACAAGACGCCCUUGGAUCUCGCGAGCAGGAUGGAGAUUGCGACGUUGCUGUCGGAUGCUGGGGCUGACGCCGAGGAGAUGACUGGGUCCAGCAAGACACUUCUCCAUAGAGCUGCCGAAAACGGAGAUGUAGAGCAGGUCGUGUUCCUCCUCGACACUGGGGCCAAUGUCGAGGCCACCGAUGGCCAGAAGAAGACGGCCCUGCAUCUGGCGACCGAGGCCGGGGAGAGGGAGACAGUCGAGAUGCUCCUGCAGGCCGGGGCCAGCACCGAGGCCAUGGACAGCCUGAAGAAGACGCCUCUACAUCUGGCCAUUGAGAGCGCGAGGCCGGAAAUAGUCAAGCUGCUCCUGGUUGCCGGCGCGGACAUCGAGGCGAGAGACAGGUGGAAGAAUACCUUUUUGCACACGGCCGUCGAGGGCGGAAAUCCAGAAAUAGUUGGGCUGCUUUUGAAGACGGGGGCGAAUAUCAAGGCCAGAAGAGUAGGGGGCAGGACGCCCCUGCAUGUAGCUGCGGCGGCUGGAAAGCCAGAGGUGGUGAGGAUGCUCUUGGAAGCUGGAGCCGACAUGGAGGCGGUGGACGGCGACGGGGACACGGCUUUCGUGGUUGCGAAUCAAGUUGGCAAGGAAGAAACAGCACAGCUGCUCUGGAGAGCCGGGGCACGGGCGUCGGGAUGGGCUCGUGGCAACGGUAGGAGAGAAGCUGCCGAGCUCGCGUAG